GAGGCUACUUCCUCCUUUCAUACCUAAGCAACACAGUUUGAAGUGAACAUUGAUGGAAACAUUGCCAGAACAACUCUGCCUAUUAAUUAGCCUAAUUCUGCAGCAGUCAGGGGGGAAAUGAACAGAAUUCAUCCUCAGAAUAUUGAAGGAGCUUCAUUUGGUUCAACAAAAUCUCUCUUCACUGCUAACAGAGGUACUAUACAGGGCCUGCAAGGUUGCUGCAAGGAUUGCUGUGCAUGCAUCCCUUGCACCCAACAAUGUAUCUGCGUAGCUGCCAUUGGUCUCGGUAUACUUGGUGUCAUCGCUACUGUCAUUGCAUUGGUGGUCACAUUUGGCAUCCCUCCACAUACACCAGUAAAUCGUUUUUGUGUGACCUCUGGUAAUCAGACAGGCUUUUUGUGUGACAACAGAGAAAACUGCAUUCCAGCCAGUCAGGUUUGUGAUGCAAGACAAAAUUGUGCAAAUGGGGAGGACGAGCAACGGACACUAUGCGAUGAUUUGCCCAACAACCUUCCAGGGUACUUGAUAUUUUAUUGCGGCAACCGCAAGGUUUGGAUCUACGUGGACAAAAGAUGCAAUGGAAUCAAUGACUGUGGUGACUGUUCUGAUGAAGUAGGAACUUGGGCCAGUUGCCCUCCUUGUGGGCCUCAAUGGUGGGGAUGCACCAUGGUUGUCUUCCAAAUGUACUGUACCUGCAUUCCCAGACAUCUUUGCCGAGAUGGAGUACAGCACUGCAGUGACUGGUCCGAUGAAUACAUCUGCACAAGAUGAGCACUCCAGGACUGUAACCUUCAGAAAAUAAUGGGAGCUAUCCAUCAAAACCGCUGUUGGGGAAUUGCCAUAUUUCUCAGAGGGGCUUGUGACGGAUGCAUUGUGUAGUGUUAGAUGCACUGCUCCUAGACCAGUGAUCUUUCACCUCUUGAGCUCAGUAAAGUGUGCCUGCGUGUGUGUUUAACACCCUUGGCUUCCUCAAAACCCACUGCUACAAAAAGCGAAAGGAGGAAAAGAACGCCUGCUACCAAAAAAUCUGGCUCAGACUUUCACACGUACUGGAAGCUUCGAAAUCUUGUUUUGUAACAGGGUAAAGGACCAGGGACUCAGCUAUACAGCUGCAAAUAAAAUGUUUUAAGUGCAAUAUACAAUGUGACACUAGAUGGCGAUGGUGAGCCUUAUGGAAAAUUCAAUGUAUUUUUAAAAAUGCUUUAUUAUUAUUAUUAUUUUUUAAAGGGUUUCCAGAAUGAUUUUUAUAUGUGUAUAGAACUUAGUUCAGGCGGAAUCCUUUUUCACAAUUGCAGACUAAUCAAUGGCAGCUACUGCACAAGCACUUACAGUGAUAGAAAUUAAUUGGUAUCUUAUUCCUAGAUGACAUUUAUGAGGUCAGUGAUUACCUGCCAUGUGAACCCUCUAUUUCCCCCCUCUCCUUCCUUUCUCUGUUAUUUUCCCUUAGUAGGCUAUGGGCAUUUGGGUGUUUGAUGAGUAAAAGAUUGAUUUAAAACCAUGCUGGUGUAUUUGAUACAUUGCACUUUGGUCUACAAUAUUAUUGUAUCUCAAAGCCCUCCCCCUUUUAUACCUCUCUCAUGCCUAGUGUGACCUGCAGCUAUUAGAGUGGAAUGAACCCUUAAAAGUGAGAGCAUUAGCUGUCAGUUGUAACUAGGAUAAAGUGGCCUCAGAAUAGUCUUCUGAGGAAGAGGUUUGUGUGACUUUCAUAUUCUUAUGUAGAAGUAGACAUCGUCUUGUAUAAUGGAACGGGUACUACAAACAGACCUUUAAGUAAAUAUUUGUAUCUGAUAAUCGGAUUUCUAGCAACAUAUACCAUCAGACUAAAACGAAUGACUCUUAUUUCCUAUUGUGACAAGUCAUGCAAUAUAGAUGGUGCAAUAAGCAAACAUUUACAAGUUGUUAGUUGCCCAACUAAAUCUUAUUCGCUUCACAGCACAUCAUUAAAUGCUAAAAGUGUUUAAACACUAAUGGCAGAUGAAUGGGGUUAGGAGUCAUGCUUAUCUGUUUUUCGUUUGACAGUCACUUUAAUUUACAUAUUGUAUUAAGUAUGUUACUGCUUGAGUAAAUAAAACUUGAUUUCAG